GCCAUUUUUGCUUGGCGCUCGCUUCGGUUGCAACGCGCGACUGCUCUGUGUGCUGUGCUUGAUCCGUUCCCCUAGCUAGAGCGUCCACGGUGUCGUUCAUUUAUAGCUAGCUAACAGGGAAUCUUUUGCUGAACCAAUAAAAGUUUCCCUGCAACUCGAUCCGUCUUCUCGAAUCGCUCUCUGGGCUCCCGGAAUAGGCAACCCUCUAAAUUGGUGACCCCGGAUCCGGAACAAUCUCAACGCCGGAUAUUUCGAACUUUUCUCCGGUGAGCUCGUUCCAUUUAUUUUUCAUAUUUUCCGGUUUAUUUUUGCAUACGGUAGCCUAUUUUUUCGCGUCAUUUUUUCAAAUCAUGGAAUCUGUAGACCAUAAGGUAGAGUCUAUGCUUAGUGUUGUAUCUCUCUCUGUUCCACCUUUUUGGGACAUGGAUCCUGUUUUGUGGUUCGCUCAUCUGGAGGCUGAGUUUUAUAACCACAGAAUCACUUCCGACUACGCGAAGUAUUGCAAGCUCCUGUCCUAUCUCCCCAAGGAGAUAUCAAUGCAGGUUCGUGACGUUAUCAUUUCUCAGACCGAUAACCGCUAUGAGGCUCUGAAGGAGGCCACGAUUAAGCGUGUUAUGCCCUCUGAGAAAGUUCGCCUGCAGCAGCUUUUCAGGGAUCUGCAAUUGGGCGACAAACUGCCCUCAACCCUGCUACGAGAGAUGCAGCAACUCCUUGGUUCAUCAACCAUGGACGAGACUUUACUUCGCGAACUAUGGCUACAGCGGCUACCGGAAAACACACAAGCGAUUCUCGCUACAGUGAGCUCCGUUCCGCUCACUCAACUAGCAGACUUAGCGGAUCGAGUUAUUGAACGAUCACAGCCACAGGCCAACGCCAGCAAGGUCCAUGCCGUCGCGUCCCAGGGCACUUCUAUCACUGGCUUACAGUCAACCAUAGAAGCCCUGCAAGCACAAGUUGCGACACUUAGUCGCCAGGUGCAACAGCUUACUAUGACCCGUCGUCGUCCUAGCCGCUCAAAAUCGCCCUCCAAACGUUCUCGGUCUAGCAACAGGCAAGUUAGCUGUUGGUAUCAUCAGCGCUUUGGUACCGCAGCUCAUAAAUGUGUAAAGCCUUGCAACUUCGCCGAGAAGCAGGGAAAACUUCGCGGCCGGUCGGUAACGGCGACGGACGCGACCGGCCAACACCAAAGUCGCCUCAUCCGCGUUAGGGAUUUAACUUCCGGCAUCGAGUUUCUAGUCGACACUGGUGCCGAAGUUAGCGUCAUACCCCGUAGCUCAGAUGAGGUCGUCUCACCAUCGCCGACCAAGCUGCGUGCCGCCAAUGGCACACCAAUCGCAACUUUCGGCGAAAAGCUGCUAACGCUCAAUUUAGGCCUCCGGCGAACCUUUCGCUGGCCUUUCAUAAUCGCUGCUGUGCCUUUCGCCAUCAUAGGCAUAGACUUUCUUCAACGCUUCGACCUCAUCGUCGACGCUAAACGGAAGAAGCUUAUCGAUUCUAGGACACAGCUCAGUGUUAUCGGGACUAGCGCCAACGUGGCUGCUAUCACUCCCAUUCGUGUCCUACCUCAAGCUUCACAGUCUUUUCUAGAACUUUUCAGCAAGCACCCUAAACUCGUUCGCGUCCUGAACGAGUUGCCUCCGGUGACGUCAAACGUCACGCAUCACAUUUGCACUAAGGGCCCACCUGUUUCGGCCCGCCCUCGCCGACUAGCCCCGGACAAGCUCAAAGCUGCGAAGGCGGAAUUCGAGCAAAUGCUCGAACUGGGAAUCAUCCGCCCGUCUAAAAGUCCAUGGGCAUCACCAUUACACAUGGUGCCGAAGAAGUCCGGUGACUGGCGCCCCUGUGGUGACUACAGGGCACUUAACAAACUUACCGUCCCGGAUAAAUACCCUAUCCCGCACAUGCACGACUUGACCUCAGCUCUAGCUGGCAAGUCUAUCUUCAGCAAAGUCGACUUAGUCCGUGCGUACCACCAGAUACCUGUGGCGCCAGAUGACAUUGCUAAAACAGCAGUCAUCACGCCAUUUGGCUUAUUCGAGUACCUCAGAAUGCCUUUCGGCCUCAGCAACGCUGCUCAAACUUUUCAGCGUUUCAUUCAUGAGGUAACGCGAGGACUCGAAGGCGUUUAUCCUUAUCUAGAUGACAUACUCAUCGCCAGCUCUUCUGACGAGGAGCAUCUUCGUCACCUCGACGCUCUCUUCCAGCGCUUAACACAGCAUGGGGUUACCGUCAACCCCGAUAAAUGCGAGCUUGGCCAAAGCUCCAUCGACUUUCUUGGCCACCGCAUAUCUGCCUCUGGUAUCGAAGCCCUGCCAGACAAAAUCCAGGCACUGAAGGACUAUCCUGCUCCCAGUUCCUUCAAGCAGUUACGCCGAUUCCUUGGCCUGGUCAACUAUUACAGACGCUUUAUACCUAACUGCGCGAGCAUUGUUCAACCAAUGACUGACUUGCUGCGCGGUAAACAACGCUCUUUUCACUUUACAGACGACGCUAAAUUGUCUUUCGAGAAGCUUAAAGACGCUAUCUCCAACAUAGCGCUUCUCGCCCAUCCAGACACAUCUGCGCCACUCUCCCUGACGACUGACGCAUCCGACACUGCCGUCGGUGCAGUUCUUCAGCAACUCAUCGACCAUCGAUGGAUACCUCUAGGUUUCUUCUCAAAGCGCUUACAACCUGCCGAAUCGCGAUACAGCACCUUCGGUAGGGAACUGUUAGCUAUCUACCUAGGUAUCCGACAUUUCCGUCACUACCUCGAAGGUCGACAUUUCACCGUCUUCACCGACCACAAGCCAUUGAUCUACGCAAUCAAUGGCGCAACAGACAAGUACUCGCCGCGGGAAACUAGACACCUAGACUACGUUUCUCAGUUUACGACAGACGUACGUCAUGUCUCAGGUGCUCUCAAUCCCGUCGCGGAUGCGCUUUCACGCAUUCAGCAGAUCAGCUUAUCGCCUGGCACAAACAUUGAUCUAGCCGCCAUGGCUGCUGCCCAACAAGCUGAUCCCGACAUAAGCAAGCCACGACGCAACACCACUGAGACGAUCACCAUUGAUCGACUCAAGCCAGCAUUCUUCGACAAGUCUGACUCGCCGGUGCAACAAGCACCUUCACAGCCUGUGCCAUCACAGCUGGCACCGCAACCUCAGACGAGUCAGUCCGCUCCAGCAGAACCGACAACCACAACCGACAGCACUCCUACCCGCCCUACUCUCAAUCAACGCGGUAGGAAGCUCAAACCUAAGAACGUGCCUUCGAAAUUUUCUGCUCUUACUAAACGUUUUUGAAAAUCCACAAAAAAAGACCAAAACGUUUUGAAACUACCAAAAAAGAGCAAAACCUUUUGAAAACCCAAAAACAGCUUUGCACGUUUUUCGCUUUGCACUCUUUUGUGUAUUGCUAUGCAUUUAUGCUGCUUUUUCAUUUGCUUUCCAUAUACACCCGUCGGUUGGUUGCCCCUCGGUUUCACUUUCCGCUGGAUCUCCGCACGUCAACUGGAAGUUCAACAAUCUUCCUGCUCAACUGCCUACGUGAACUUUAUUAACUGUCCCCCCCACAAACAGUUUUUUUACCGUUUCGACACCGUAGGGAGGACACGGGUGGGAGCCCGCUAGGGUCCGAUUGCAUGGUUCUCCCCCAGCAGCUGCAUCGGGUUUCACAACCUGGUCUCGCAGAAGGCUGGCCCGCGACGGACAGUCCUCACGUAGAUCGAAGGACUGCUUACACAGUCCCUUCUGGGAGAGGGCUAUGUAGCAGUCUGGAGAUUCCCCGGUUUGCUUGUGUAAAAUUCUAACCAAAAUUCUAUAAUUGUACACUUAGGCAACCGGUGUGGUUUGUUGAACUGCUUGCUGAGUUCGAAUGCUUUACUUGCUCAUCGCCAUUUUUGCUUGGCGCUCGCUUCGGUUGCAACGCGCGACUGCUCUGUGUGCUGUGCUUGAUCCGUUCCCCUAGCUAGAGCGUCCACGGUGUCGUUCAUUUAUAGCUAGCUAACAGGGAAUCUUUUGCUGAACCAAUGAAAGUUUCCCUGC